AUGUUUCCGUUUUCCCGCGGAGGAUCUCCCUCCCCGUCUUCGUCUCCCUCCCCGUCUUCGUCUCCCUCCCCGUCUUCGUCUCCCUCUUCGCCAGCUUCUCUCGCAGCCGAUGCUCCGUCAUACCCGCCUGCGGCCGCCUUCCCAGAGUUUCCGGUGGCCUUUGCGCCUGCCGAGCGUCCGCCGGAAACGCCCAUGGACAUUUUCUUGGGCGAGAGGUAUCGCACCUUGAAUCUGACGCCCGGAGGCACGACUCUGACGGAUGAACAGAAACAGAUUCAGCAGCAAAUUCUGCUGCAACACAAAGUCGAGCGGUUCUUUACAGAGGGCUGUCUCGCGCGGGCAGCCGUCAUGGGCGCUGGCGGUGGAGUCCUAGGCGUCCUUUUCGGCGCCUUCUUCUUCACGAUGAAACCCGUCGACGUCGACACGACUUUGACCUUCCGCGAACAGCUGCGACAGCAGUAUCGGAGUUUCCUGCCCGACGUCGGGCGCUCUGCCAAGAACUUUGCGAAACUGGGUUUCCUCUACUCCCUCGCGGAGUGUUUCAUACAGAGAGAGCGAGCGGUCCACGACAUCAACAACGCCAUCUACGCUGGAUGCGUCACGGGAGCCGCACUCUCUUAUCGAGGAGGGCCCUGGGCAGCAGCUGCAGGUUGCGCAGGCUUCGCCGCCUUCUCGGGAGUCAUGGAGAGCCUCCAGCCUUUCGGAAACAUGGGAGUGUAA